GCACCGCGAUAGUAUUGUUUCGCUGCGAAACCUUCGAAUACAAUGCUUCUCGACUAACACACUCAAGUGUAAACCAGAGAGGAAUCGGCUAUUUUAGAGACCCCUGAGGGUGGCGAGUGGUCUGAAAUGCGGGUUCUGCUGUGCCCUCUUGUGACCUGCAUUAGCGUCUGCAUCUUUCCUGCUGAAGCCAGGAAAGGGUCAAUCACGGAUAGGUGCUCUAACCACCCGGAACCAGGCGAUUGCACAAGCAGGCUGAAGUGGUACUUUGACACCUCCUUAAAGAGAUGUGAGCCCUUCAUGUAUGGGGAUUGUCCAGGGAACAUGGAAUUUUUCGCAAGUUUCAAAGAGUGCACGGAUACGUGUAAAAGCAGACCUAAGGAGCCCGCCAGUACGGGGAAAUACAAGGGCCACAAACAUAGUUUACAACCGGAUACGUCCAGCCGGCGCCAAAGACAACAAACUAAUGGAGAAACAAAUCAACGCAAAGAAGGUAGUACCAGCAGACAUCCUCCAGUCAGAGGGACCUGCUUCACGAGACCACGAAAAGGGAGGUGCAUUGAUAAUAGCGAGAAGUGGUGGUACAAUGGCGGCUUCUGGACAUGCCAGCCAGUGAAAAAGGGACACUGCCCAAACCAUGGAACAUUUUUUAACAGCUGCGAGGAAUGCAUGCAGAAGUGCAGAAGAACCAUGGCCCACAUCUGCAAGCACCGGACCUGAAUCUGCGCUGCACGACAAAAAUUUCGGUGUGGUUUACCCUGCACUGAACGGCGUAGUGUGCGAAAUAAAGAAAACACUCGAAAUUAUGUACAUGGUAAAGGAAAAGUGGGUGCACCUAAAUAUUUGUCAU